GGGGGCGGGUGGGCGCCGCCAUUUUGCAGGAAGAGGGCUAUCCGGGCCUGCCAGCGAGGGGAGAGCAGCGUCUGCCAUGGCCAAUGUGCUCUGUAACAGAGCAAGAUUGGUCACCUACCUCCCAGGCUUUUAUUCCUUAGUCAAAAGAAUUGGGAAUGCCAAGGCUUUUUCCACUGCAGGAUCCUCUGGCUCAGACGAGCCCCACGUGGCUGCUGCACCUCCUGAUUUAUGUCCCAGGACGGUGUGGCCGGAUGAGGUGAUGGGGCCCUUUGGACCCCAGGAUCAGAGAUUCCAGCUGCCUGGGAAUAUUGGCUUCGACUGCCACCUCCAUGGAACAGCUUCCCAGAAGAAACCCCAAACUCCCAAGAGCCUCCCUGAUAUUUUAGCAGAGCCCUCUGCCAGUGAGAGGCACGAAUUUAUCAUGGCACAAUACAUCAACGAAUUCCAGGGUUCUGAUGCUCCCCAGAAGCAGCAAAUCAAUAAUGCUGAAACCUACUUUGAGAAUGCCAAGGUGGAAUGUGCAGUGCAAGCCUGUCCUGAGCUGCUGAGAAAAGACUUUGAGUCCCUGUUCCCAGAGGUGAAUUCCAAGCGUCUGACUGUGCUCACUGUCACCCAAAAAACCAAAAACGACAUGACUGUGUGGAGCCAGGAGGUGGAGGAUGAGAGAGAAAUGCUCCUAGAAAAUUUCAUCAAUGGUGCCAAGGAAAUCUGCUAUGCAAUUUCUUCUGAGGGCUACUGGGCUGAUUUCAUUGAUCCAUCCUCAGGACUAGCAUUUUUCGGGCCUUACACCAACAACCCCCUGCUGGAGACGGACGAACGCUACCGGCAUUUGGGAUUUUCCGUGGAUGAUUUGGGAUGCUGCAAAGUGAUCAGGCACAACCUUUGGGGUACCCACGUGGUGGUGGGCAGCAUUUUCACCAAUGCUGAGCCUGACAGCCCCAUCAUGAGGAAACUCAGUGGUCACUGAGCCCUCCAGCUCCUUCAGGUGCUCGUGGCCUCUGUGCUCUUUGACUUGGGUGAUUCUCCCUCAGCAUCAUCGGGAAUUCCUCGCUUCCCAGCGUUCUUAGAAUAAAAAGUAGCUGUUAUUUAUCUGUAGUCUUUUGGGAAUGUGUCUUCACCACAUGUGGCUUGGAAAAUAUGGAUUGACAGCUUUGGGAGCUGCAGGAAUUCCCAUUCCCUCUUGGAAUUUUCUGUAUUCUCUUAUCUCGACAGUUCUUUCAGUUUAGUGUUCAGAAUCCUCUGAAAAUGCCACUGAAAUUUCCAACAAAUCUGCCAUUCCUGAAAUUAGGAACUGGCAAAAGAAAAAAAGUGGAGUGAGCCAUAAAAUUGUUCUCCCAGAGUAAUUAAUAAAAUCUGGGCUAAUCAGUCACUCACUAUUGGAAAAUGAGAAUGAGGUCAACUUUCAGUGGUCUCCAACUCAUCCAGAGACUCCAUAAAAAGUCCUUAAUUACCCUGCAAUUACUCAUCUCUUACUGGUUUUUGUCUUCAUGGUGCUUGGGAUUUAUUUUCUCAGUGUUAGAUAAAUAUAUUUAAUUAGUUUAUAUAUCUAAAUGUAAUUUAAAGUUGCUUUUGUAACUUUCUUAGGUCAUUAAAUACAAAAAAAAAAAAAAGAGAGCUAAUAGGGCAGUGCUUGGAUCUCAUCAUUGUUUUCCUGUACUGGAUGCAAUCCAGACUUGCCUCUGGAAUUUGGAAAUGCAAAGAGCAAUUAGGAUCAAUUAUUGCAAUUAAAUGUUUCAUCAGGAAUGUUCCAGGCUCUUCAGGUAUCACAAAAACAAUCAGAUCGAUGGGGGAACAACAGGGAAGAAAUUCCUGGGCACCUGAAAUACCUGGAAUUUCAAUGCCUGACACUUUGGCUCCAGGGAUGAAGCAAUAAAGCAGAUUUGAAUCUCACCCCAGGCAGUUUUGGAGCCAUUUUUCAUGGAACAGUGGGAAUAUGCUGGAUGAGGAUCCAGGAAUUUUAACUUUGUCUUUUCCCAGUGUUCUCCAGCACCGUGGAUCCCAAACCUGUCCCAGGCUCUGGUGUUCCCCCCUCAGGCUCUAAGCCAGGCUCACCAAAGCUGUUCUGGAUUUAGGAGCAGCUCCUUGAUCCGUGGCUUGGCUGGAUCAGGAAAACUUCCCAAAGUUCUCCAUUCCCAAUCCCCUCCCCACAGCAGCAAUUCCAACAUUUUCCUGCUCCCCUGCAGCGUUGGCACCGCUCUGGAUUUUCUCUGGAUUUUGGGGCAGGAUUGAUCCCUUUGGAAUGGAAUUUGUGCUGUGAUUCCAGAGCCCCAUCCCUGAUCUCUGCUAUCCAUAAAAUUUCUGUUACUUCAAGGAUUUUAUUCCUAUUAUUUUUUUUGUUUCUCCUUCUCAUCCAGAGGAUUAAAGAAAUUGGGAAUUGCA